UUAUUUUUGUCGUUAUCCAGCAUUGCUAUAAAUAUAGAUCUGGCAACUGAGGAGCAGAGCUUUUCGUAUUGAUGGAUAUAAACAAUAUGUACGAUAGACUAUCGGUGACUAAUGUUGAAAUGGUCUUUUACUGCUUGCAAUUGUGACAGAUUUAUAUUGACAGUGCUACGGAGUCCACACAGAACCGUACUCAGUACAUCAGCUUAUAGAUUUACAGUGUAGUAUAAGAUACAUGUACAUGUACACUGUACAUACAUGUACUGGUAUACAUGUAAUACUUCACGUGCAUGUGCAAUUUGCAGUUGAUACAAAAUUAUUGCCUUUCAAAUAAGUUAACCGUAAACCACUGUUAAACGCUAUGCUGACAAUACUGACAUCAAUUAUCCAGAAUUGUUGGACGCAGUUGAUUUAAGUGCGCGAUAUCAUCAUAAAGUCGAUUCCUUUAUAGCCGCACAGUAUGGUGAGAAGUCUGAAAGACUGCUGUUUACAAGCAAUUGCUCGGAAUCUUAACAGGUACACACAGCUGUAGCUGCCCAUUUACAUUUGCUUUGAACCAACUGGAAAGCAAAUGAUAUCUUGAAAUACUGGAUCAGUCGCGUGGGGCGUCAUCUUCCUCACAUUCACAAAGAGCUCAUUCUGAAGUGGCUUUCUGACCAUGACAUGCUGACAGAUGAUUACCUGCCACAUAUUACAUAUCACCUGUUCUCAGCAAACCUUAAAGUGAUCAACUUCUACAAGUGUAACCAGGUCACAGACCAUCUUCUGUAUCAGCUGUCACAGAGUGGGUGUAUGUUGAAGCACUUGACAGUACAUGAGUGCAACAAUGUCUCUGAUGAAGGAAUAAAAUAUAUAACUAUUGAUCAGGAAGAACUGGAAGUUUUAGAAUUGAGAAAAUUGCGAUUUCUGACCAGUUAUGGUUUAGAGGUAGUGAGAUCAAACAAGUUGCAGAAACUAGACUUAAAGGGAUGCUCAUAUAUUGACAGUAAAGGCCUUGAUUCCCUGGUGCAUAAAUGUCCAAAUAUUAAAUACUUAACCUUGUCCCAAUGUACAAGGCUAGAUGAAGGGAUUUCUAAUAUUGCAAGAUGUUUAAAUAUCACUCUGGAAGAAUUGGACGUUGGAGGUGUGCAUAAAAUUGGUGACCACGAUUUAGAGAACAUUGCACAAUACUGCAGUAAUCUAACUCUGUUACAUUUGAUAGGCUGCUAUAAGAUAACAGUUGAUGGUAUUCAAAAGGUUGUUGAAGGAUGCAGAAAAUUGAAAGAUGUAGAUUUUUCUUACUGUUUUACCUUGGAGUCUGUGGAAGCAUUCAAAGCUUUACAGCAUCUCCCAGAUUCUGUGACUGAGCUCUCCCUGCUAGGGAUACAAUUACAGGACUCUGAAUUGCUGGUUAAUGUUGUGAAAAGGUUGACAAAACUUGAGACGGUUCGCCUUUGUGGAGUAAAAGCACUGGACGAUGACAGUUUGGAGCAGAUAUUGCAAGCCGCAGGCUCUCACUUACUAAGUUUGGACAUUGGUGGAAGCAUAACUCAGGCAAUAACAGAUGAUGGACUUCGGGCAGUCACCAAGUAUUGCACAGCCCUAGAGGAGUUGAUAUUAACACUUCUUCCAGAAACAACAGGCAUUACGCUGCUCCCUCUGUUUGAAGAUGAGCAACGGGCAGCACAAUUGACUUCCUUGUACUUAGGGUGUAAAAAGAUGAAUGGUGAUGUUCUUCAUGCAGCUGCUGUUUCCAGCACCAACCUUGAGAAGUUUUCAGUCUCUGGACUAAUGUGUGUAGAUGACAACCUGCUGCACACUCUGGCUGAUAACUGCCCGAAACUGCACUACAUUGGACUGAAAAGUUGCAGACAGGUAACAGAUUCAGGUGUCUGUGAACUUGCCCGCAAGUGUCCAUUACGAAGGGUGGUCCUGGCAGGCUGUCAUCACCUUACAGACAAGAGCAUCUUCACCCUGGCCAAUAUGUGCCUGGAUAUACAGGAGCUACACCUCAAUGGAUGUGCACACGUGUCUCCUGUGGCUGUCAGAUAUUUACAGGAUCAGUGCACAUCCAGAGUGUACAUACAACACAAAAUUCCUAAUGCUGCUCCAAACCAGCUUAUGGCAAAGAACUUGGACACGGGAGAGUUUUGUAGAGCAGAUCUUAUAUAUACAUAAUACUCACAGUGGCCAUGGCAAAAAGACUGGAAGCUUAUGGGAAAGGAAUGCAGAGGACUUUCACUGUCAAAUGUCUAAAUGUAUACCCGUUUGAGCAAAUGAUUGGAAAACCAAAGAUUGCAGACUCACUAUGUAUUUCAUAGUUUUGGAAACACAACACUUACUUUAAGUCUGUAGUACAGGUUUUUGUAAAAUCUUUUUUGGUGCCUUACUUUGAGGGAAUGUGUGCACAUAAGCAUGUAUACUACAAGAUAUAUAUAUUCUGCGACUUAAAGAACCUCCAUUACAUGCUCGAUUGCAAGGAGAAAUCAUUUAUAUUCCAAGUGUUGUGUCUAAAUAGCAAUAGAAAAAUUUUGUGCAAUAAGUUAACAUAACGUGAUAAGCCUGGUUUAUGUUUUUGUAAUGUGGUAUGGGAGCCUGUUACAUACAUCUACAAAACCAAAAUGUAAUAUAAACUGUCAUUGUUUAUGAACUGUAUGUUAUUAUUAAAGGGAUAAUAGGACUAUUAUUAAAGGGAUAAUAACUCUUCGUUUGGCCAAAAAAUGAAUUUUCCUGGA